AUGACGGCGGUCCAAGUUGUGCAGGGGUUCAGUCUCACCAACAGAUGGCUGCUCUACGCCAGCAUGAUGCUGACUCCAGCCCAGUUUGUUUCUGGAAUCGGCAAUAACUGUCCCAGCAACAUUGGCUUCUUGGCCUACAACUGGUAUACACAGGUCCAAUGGUACCAAGCCGUACGAGCAAAGCAACUACACGCCCUUUCUCUGCUACCGGUCUACUUCAACUUCAUUUACGCCAUUACAUAUUUCGGCGGUGUUUCCUCGGGCAAUAUUAUCACCACGAUUCUUCUCUGCAUGGGCUCGGCGGGCGUCAUGGUUCUGAAUACAGUCUCUUCAUGGGUGAGCUGGAAAACAAAUCUCCCAGAGGGCAUCGGAGAGUACCAGUUUUUCUUCUUCGGGUGGAGGACUCUCACUAAAGGCUGGCACACGUUCUUCCUGCUAUGGCAAAUCGCGGAUUCCAUGAUGGCGUUCUCUUUCCUAAUUGGAGCCUUCCAGUUGGGGUUUGCUGCAUACAAUUUCCGCGAAUAUGGCGAGGGAAAGAAGAAGAUGCCAUGGUACCUCAACAAAUACAUCCAAAUCCCGCUAGGUGCGGCGGUCAUGAUGUUGUUUUUCGGCUGGAUGCUUAUUCUCUGGACGGAACUUAUCGUUGCUCGAAACCACAUCGAAUCUGAGACUGAUAUGGUUGCGAUAUACCUUUUUAUUGCCCAGGCCGUCGCCCUGGUUUUACCCAGUGCCUCUACCGUCUUCGGAUGCGUGACGGGGCGUAAAGCGGAUCGCUCUCAGGAACCACCUCCAGAGCAAGGUCCCAAGAUGACAUUGUUAGAGCGAUUCUUCCUCUGGGUGGUUCGUAAAGGAGAAGAAAAGGAGUCACGGGUAUAG